UCAUCCCAACCAACCAAGCCACCGAGAUCACAUCUUGUAUCUACACCCAACCCAGAAGAUUCCGACAGACCUCCCGAAAACUCACCCGACUCACCAAUAACCACAAAGCUUACAAAAUGGUUUCUCUCGCCUACCUGAUUACCCUUGUGGCUGUGCUCGUCGCUGUCUCCCGGGCAGAUGAAGUGGCCAGCGCGAAGACCGAGCAAGUCGACGAGAAGUGGAUCUAUCCCGGCUACUACCGAAGAGGUUGGUGGGGAGGCAACGGGCUUUCCUUAUACGCGUGGAACCCCUAUCUCUACAGCCGUUACAGCACGGUCCUUGGUCAGAGCUGCUUCGGAGCCACGUUUUACCCCGUUAACUGGGGACUCGGGACUCGCUACUUUGUCAAGGCCAACGACGGCGAAGGCGCACACAGUGUCACCAGACGUGCAAUCGACCUUGAUGAUGCCGAGCAGCUUGUCCGUCGAGACGCUGGCGAAACGGUCACCUGUUCCGCCCAUGGCGCAGCUCCUCAAACUUUCUCCCUCAAGGAAUGCGUUGAGGCUGUCAACCAAAUGUCCGAGAAGAAACUUUCGACGGCUAGCCACGGCGGUUGCAAGGUGGCACUCGUCAGCGGCAACGAGAAAGUGGCCCCAGGUCUCAUUUCCGCGAAGGAUCUCCAGGCGGGUGUUCACAACAUCUUGAAUGCUUGUGCCAACCCAGACACCAAGGAAGCUGGUACCAGCAAGUCCGGCACCAAGAUCGACGAGAAACAAGUCGCCAUGAUCCUCACCAAGAACUGAGCUUUCCCCUUACCCAACAACACUCAGCUCUGGAUUCCUUUUAUGAUGUCCCAUUUUUCCUACUUCUUUCUGGUUUAGUUCUGCUUGUAUCGGUCUUGUCAAUAUCUCAGAAGUGUACCUCCGGCGACUAUAUAUGUUUAGGAUCUGUCAAUUAUUUUCUUUCUGCAAUAUAUCAAAUGGGUUUGUGAUUUGCUACAUA